CUCAAACAGCAGACUCUUCUUCAUUUCAUUCCCAUCUUGCAACAAUGGACUACCACACUUGGAUAUGGCCAGUGGCCAAAGUAGAUUACCAACCAGCCUUCGCUCUGUUGUUGACCAUCACCGUUGCUGCCAUCGCAACCAGAAUCCUGCAUGUUCUGACCCAGCGCUGCCCUGGCAUUCCCUCCAUCCCUUUGCAUAUCUCGGUCUACGAUGCUUACCGUCGCGUGUCGGAAAUUGGUUUCCACAACUCUCGUCUGCGCCCCGUGCUGGAAACCCACGGCGCCGUCAAUGUCUGGAACUCGGGCCAAUGGGCGGUUCUAGUGACCAGACCAGAGUAUGUGGUCCGUAUUCUGCGCAAUGAGCGCAUCGUGGCCAAAGGUGGCUUCUAUGGGAAAGUGCCGCAUAGUACCUUAGCCGGUCUUUUUGGAGAAAACAUCAUCGACUCCCAUGGCGAGGUUUGGAAACAGUUCACGGGGAUCAUGAAGCCGGGCAUUCAGCGCGCUCAUAGUAUCUCCGCUCUCAGGAUCGCGUCGUGGAAGCUGAUAUCGACAUUGAAACGAGAGCAGCAACACGCCCCAUCUGACCGCGGGGUUGUCAUCAACGACCUCAUUGAACGGUGGGCGAUUGACGUGUUUGGGGAGAGCUUUUUCGACGUGGAUUUCGGCGCCUUGGAUGGCGGCAGUGUCCGGGCUCAGGAUGCGCUCCUGGCCAUCCUCUACAACCUGGGAGGCCAUCUCAUCCACCAUUUCCCCUUGUUGGAACGAAUUGGCUGGCCGCUACGCCCAACGAGGCCGUAUUGCUUUUCCAAGAUCCGCGAGCUCGAGGACGCCCUGAUCGACAUCACCGCGAGACUGAAAUACAGCGAAUCACCGCCGGAUCGGGCUGAAAAGCUGAUCUACCGGCUGAAGCGAGCCCGCGAUGCCGGGCUCAUGUCGGACUUUCAUUAUCGCUCGAACCUGAAAAUGAUCUUCUUCGCGGGCCAUGAAAACGUCAAGUUUGCAUUCGUCGCCACGCUGUGGGAGCUUUCUCAGAACCCUCAAAUGCAGGAAAAGCUACACGGGGAGAUUGCAGCACAUCACCCUUCUUCGUCGGACGAGGAUGACCUCAAGAGCCUCCCCUAUCUCACCGCUGUACUCUCUGAAACUUUGCGCCUCUACCCCCCAGUCAGCCAGUUGAUCAAUCGCAAAACGUUGGAGCCAGUCUAUCUAGGAAACGGCAUCACCGUUCCCCGUGGAACAUGGGUGGGCUGGACGGCGUAUGGCGUGCAUACCGAUCGAAAUACAUGGGGUCCCACUGCCCAUGAGUACCAGCCAGAGCGAUGGGGGGAGGAUGUGCAUGCCAUCCAACGAGCGAUUAGCCAGCAACAGGUUCGGGGGAGUUAUAUUCCAUUCAACGCGUGGACUCGUAGCUGUAUUGGGUCUGAGUUUGCGUUGCUACAGUUGCGAGUGACUCUUUAUGAAGUUGUCCGCCAUUUUGAGAUCUCCAGUGCCCCGGAUUAUCAUUAUUCGAUCAAGGAGAACGCUUCUCUCGAGCCCUAUAAUUGUCGAUUGAUUUUCAAGGAUAGAAUGUAGCCUGGCGACUUUUCCAAGUUGGAAUGGCCGCAAAUGUGGUUCAUAGGCUAUUCUAUACUGUUUAUAUACACAUACUGUAAGGAAUGCAAUAGUUGUCCUGAUAUAAAGUAAAGUGAUGUCAUAUAU